CAUUUCUGAUCUCACAUAAAAAUCGUCACUCCAAGAUCACUUGAACUAACAAAAAAAACUAACCCCAACCGGCGGCAAACAAACAAUAAAAUAAUGGCUUCCUCCUCACUAUUCUGUUACAACUACCUAACUAACUCUCAAGCCUCCCUCACCACUUUCCCCAACAAACUCCCUCGCUGCUCCGCUAUUUUCGCCGCCUCUUCCGUUAGUUCAAUUAACAGUAUCAGUCAAAAUAAGUACUCAUCUAUUAGCCCUAAGCCUGUUUGUGAUGAUGAUGAGAGGCUUAAGGAUGGGGAGAUGGCGUCGUGUGCUGCGUCGGUUGCGGCGGCGAUUCGGAAGGCUUCGAAUUCGCCUGUGGAGUUUAUGCAGAGGAGUGAGAGGAAGGGGAGUGGGGAGUUGUUGCUGCCGAGCUCGGAUUUUGUGAGGCUUUGUGUGCAGCAGUUGGAUUUGUUUCGGAGGAUUGUGCAUCCUGAUGCUGUUCUUUCGGUCUAUGUAAGACCAGCUGGUAGUUAUGUUAUGGACCAGCUAGAGCUACGCCGAGUUCAUUGUUUCCCGGGGCACAAUGAUGCAGAUGAUAUAAUCAUAUUGAUGGCUAAUUUUAGUGUUCCCACAGGUUUAAGAGCAGCAGAAGCUUCUCUUUCUAAUCGAAAGGCGCAAUUUGUCCCAGAUUUUCGAUCAGUCGUCUUUCCUAUGGUCAAGCAUCCUUUUGUUGUAGGUUUUUUGGUCGCAGAGCUCCCAAAAAGGGAACAGGAGAAUGGUGGAAAGAUGAAACAUUACCCAUUACCGGAAGAAUCUUAUGCUUUGCCCCCAUAUACAGAUCCGCAAUCAUGGGGAAUCGAAACUUUUAAACAGAGUCCUACAGAAAGUUAUCUAUUCACUGCCGACCAGAAACUAAAUGCUAUUAAUAUUUCUUGCUCGCUAGCUAUGGCAUAUGUUAUGGAUCAGAAAGCAAUGCUACUCCAGCAGUCAACUUGGCAAAAUAAUGUUAGGAUGAGUAAUUUGGUCGAACAGAUUCGAGGUCCUCUGUCUAGCAUUCGGACAUUGAGUAAAAUGUUAUCAGUUCAGGUGAAGAGAAGUGAGAUAUCAUACGAUAUUGCAGAAGACAUUUUGGUGCAGGGUGAUCUUUUGAAAGAUACUCUUCAGCAACUUCAAGAUGCUGUAUACCUCACAAAGGCUAAUAUAAUGAGGUACAAUGAAGAAACUUUGAUGAAAAUGAAUACUUCAAGUAAUACCCCUACCAGGCCACAGGAUUCGGAAACAACUUCUGGCAGCACAGGGAAAGAAUCUAGGGGAACAUAUUUUAAUUUUUCUUCGAAAGAUCUCGAAAUGCCCAUGCCACCUCUAGCUCUUGCACCUGUACAACAAGGAAUAAGAAGACCAUGCAAUAUUUCGGAUGUGCUAGGAGAUUUGGUUGGGGCCUUGAAGCCUUUGGCUCAAAAACAACAACGCUCUGUAGAACUAUACGAACUUGCACAAUCUACCAAAAUUGCUGUUGAGGAACUUGCUCUGCGCCAGGCUUUCAGCAAUCUAAUUGAGGGUGCUUUGCUGCGUACUCAUGUUGGAGGAAAAGUUGAAAUAGUUUCUACAGAAGCCCCAGCAGGUGGUGCUCUUGUAAUAAUCGAUGAUGAUGGGCCUGAUAUGCACUACAUGACACAAAUGCAUUCACUCGCACCCUUCGGAUCAGAUCUAUUGUCUGAAGAUAUGGUAGAGGACAACAUGACAUGGAAUUUUGUUGCAGGGCUAACUGUUGCCCGAGAGAUCCUGGAAAGUUAUGGCUGUGUCAUUCGAGUCAUCUCACCCCGAACCAUGGAUGCUUCACUUGGGGUAGGAGGAACUCGUAUAGAACUCUGGCUUCCUACCUUCUCAAAUUCACCUAGUCUUAAUGGUCCUGGUCAGGAGGCAUAACAAAACCCUACAGCAAUGCUAUAUAUCCACUUAUACAGUAAGAAGUUUUUUGUCCAAUGACCCGAAGAGUUUCGUAAAAUCCACUCUUCUAGCCUCUAGGUUGCAGCUAAUGGUCGGGUCGGCAUUGAUAUAGAAACAUUACGGUCACAUAUAUGAUUGUUAUCUGUAAUCUGCUUGAUCUAUGCAGCUAUUGUUAGGUUGAAAUCACUUCAUUGUAUCGAUGUAGUCGAGUAGUGUCAUAAAGCUUGCCCACCAGAUCAUUAUAAAUCUGCUGAAGGACUCUGGUAGAGAACAGAGUGUUACCCUCUUUCCUGCGGCAGCUUCAUGUUUUUUGUUGGCGGUCUUGUUUACCUGUGUAUUUUUGUAAAUACGAUUAAUUAUAUGGGAAUAGAGUAUAAAUAUGAGCUUAAUUUCAUCUAGGCA